AGGUAAUCCUAGACGAUGAUAGUGCGUCCCAUGCAUAGAUCAGAUUAACGACAUUCCAUCGACAGUGAAUCUGACGGACCACAAGAAACCGAAUAUAUCAUUGGGCAGGUAGUGACAGACCAAAAACACCAUACCUAUACCAACCUAAUUCGGGUCAUUGAUAGUAUAAAACACUGCCACCCAUCUUCGAGCAUCUUGUUGGUCCCCAGACCUAGUACAACACGGUCAGAGCGACAUUUCACAUUUCACUACUUCCGAGAAGAUUCUCUUCAUUCGUCUGCUUUCUCCGAGAAGAAACGCGUUUCGCCCGAAGACGCGGAUUUUCAGCCCGAUUUGACUGUCUGCUUACCGUGCGUCAUUACAUUUUCUAAUUGCUUCUUCAUCUGAAGCUGAAGCUACUGUUUGUUCUACACGCGUACUGAUCCGCGGUCUGGUGAGCGCCUAAAUGGUGUUUUAUUAAAUUUUCUUGUGGUUGACGUUGUGGAAAAUCAUUUGUUUUAUGGUUGGAUAAUUGAUUAUACUUUACGGAGAUGUACGAGUACAUUUCAAUUAGCUGACACAACUAUGAUGUAUGGAUAAGGAGGAGGAUAGUAAAGUUCGAGGCAACUGUAGCAAUGGCCGUAUAUAAAGGCAUCAUACUCUUACUAUGGCUGUGUUUGCUCGUACAAUCUGGAAGCACGGCCAAAAAUAGGUUGAGUAAACGAAAUUCAGCACAAGACAGAAUCCAGUUGCAAAAAUCACAACCUUACAUCAAAGAAGAACCAGGAUUUUUAUCAAGAAUCGCCAGCUGGAUUUUCCCGUUCGGUGGUGGAACUUCGAAUAACGAAUUAGAUUCAGUGCCAUCUGCCGGCCAUCAUUCCGCAUCAUAUCUGCCUCCACCUAAUAGGAAUCCUCCAAAAUACCUCCCCCCUGGCGAUCUCUCCCCACCACACUAUACCCAGUCUUAUCCGACGACACUUGAAUCGUCUGAUUGUAAUCCUUGCAACAGAGAGCCUUGGGUACCAAUACCAGGAAAGUCUGGUAGGAAUAACAACGUGAUAAAUUUCGUGCCACAGCACGAAGUCCAUAACGUUAUUCUGGAUGGGUUAAACCCUCCUCCGGUCUAUGGCCCACCCAACCCUCCCAAUUCGCCAGUAAAUACCCAGUCGAACCAGAAUUUCCUUGAUGUUACUUUCGAUCGUCCACCUUCAACACAUCAAGAUCUACCUAAUGUGGAGUAUGGUCCCCCUAAUAAUAAUCUUCCAUCACCACAGUAUGGCGUUCCCAAUAUUGAAAUAACCCCGUCUGUUCUUGUUGGAUCACUUGAUAUACCUCAAGAUAUUCGACAUUCCUUCAAUCAAUAUGUUCCGGUUGCUAAUGGUAAAAAUAUACCAGAAACUCCUUCAGCCUUCCCCCAGCUUCCGAACAGCUAUGGACCUCCAACUUUUCAGUUCAGAGGCAAAGCGACUCCAGUGCCUCUGAGCGUUCCUUCCUCAAGUUCUCCCACAAAGGGGCACGUGUUUCCCCCACCAAUAAAAACUUCGACACAUACAAAUUAUAUAAAUAUCCUUGGAAUGAGACCACCGCCACCUCCAAGUUUCACCACUCAUUUGGUACCAGUAAAUCAUCAUCAUAAAAAUCCCAACAGUAUUCAGGAUAUCCUGCAGCCUCCGGUGUCUCAGCAUUCAGUUCUGGAUGAAGAGUUUCCUCCAUAUACCAGUAAACCAAUAGAUGCUUACAGUACGCCCGACAUCCACGGCAUUGAGCAGAUUCCAUUAUCAUCCGGAGACAAUGAUGACUUCGGCUACCCCAUAGCCUUUCCCAAUUUGAGUAUAAGGCCUUUGGUUCCCCUUCAUAAUUAUAUCAAAUUCAGACAAGGUCUUGGCAGCUCCGAAAAGGUGGAAUCCAUCCAAAUACUCCAAAGUGUUCCAAUUGCAGAUUACGUUUCCUCUAUAGAACAUCCCAUAAAUGUGAUUCAAUCGCCCAUUGUGGACCUCAGCAUUAGAAAUGAACCAGAAACGACAAAACUAAUCAAUAUAAGCGACCAGAACAAACAGUCUAUAAAUAUACCUGAUCGUGCCUAUUCAAAACCCAACACUAUCCAAUCUGGCAUAUUCGUUAACCCUAAUGUGAACCCAGAGAAAUUGAAUGAAAAUCCUAUCGUUGUAGAUGAUGCACAGAUUGCAGCAUCGUCACAUAACGAAACUUACGAAAAAAUUGACCAAUCCUCCAAAAGAGAUAACAAUGGAGAUAUCACAAUACAUUCCUUCGAUUCAUCAACUAUCCCCAUAACUGGUAGGGAAGACAUUGAUGAUAUCAAUUCAGUGGAACGAGAAAUAGUAAAUAACCUACGUAAUGGCUUCGAUAAGAAGAACGCGUCGAAAGAGUUGAAAUUUACAGAGCCACCGAUGGAUUACAGUCAGUGGACACCAACAUGGGGUGGAAUUUCUAUGGAAAUGACUCCUCCGUCAGUUCAGUCAGCUUGGACAACAUCGUUCGAUUCCACUGAAGCGCCAAUGAAGAAGACCAAGCAUAUUCAGAUUAUAAUUCCGUAUUAUAAUUUUAACACCACAUCGAAGAACUUGAUCAAAAAUGGAAUGUAUAAUAAGAAUAUAUUAUCUGGUCAAGCUAAUUCGAAAAAAGAGGUUUACACAACACUGGUCCCUGUCUACACUCCACCCCCAUCAACUGAACAGAGUUUAUGGUCACAUUUUCUGACGAAUAUCGAUGGUUUACCCACUUCAAGUGUCCCAGCCUCAGGUUUCCAGAAGCCUAGUUCCACUAGAGCGUAUAAUAUUCAAGAUAUUAUAGGAGAAAAUGCGCAGACAAAAAUACAGGACCUUCCGUUCGACAUCCUGACAUUCCAGAAAAACAUAGACGAAUGGACACAUCAAGCUUUUGCCAAAACCACGGAAAAAUUAUCUUCUGGUAAAGGUGUCGUACAAAAACUCAACCCUUCGAAAAGAAUUCCUGACCAAUACCUCACCACUGUGCCAUAUGACUAUACAACAAUUCAACCCCUCAGUAACUUCUUGUCCGAUCAAGAACCGGCUGGGUCGGUCAGGAAAGAAAAUUUCCAAGAUGAUGUUGGAAAUAGUCUGUCCUUAGAUGAUGUUACGACACCCAUUGAAGAAGGUACAACAGUUGCUUCUACAACGGAGAUUAAUACGGAAAGAGAUAUGAAAACAACUGUUUCGAAUACUAAAGAGAAGAAAUCCCUGUGGGAUGAAACCAAAGUUACAUUAUCGUCUGACACUAAAGAGAAGGUUUACAUCGUGACACCUGCUACUACAGUGGCUUGGAGUUCGCCUCCCAAAGUUUUGGAACAUUCAACAACAACAGAAAAUACUUUGUUGUUCGAUCAUCCCAAAUUUUCAAUCAGAAUUGAGGAGGAUAAUUCUGACACUAGUAAAAAUGCAAAUAGUACAACGAAGGUUAUUUUUAGCGAAUGGCCUCAUAAAAUAAACAAUCUCCAAACAACAACUGAUAAGCCCACAUCUAGGCAUCCACUGUUUGGUUUGAUGGAUAAAUCAGCAUACAACCCCCCUCAAAAUAGAGUAAUUGCAAAUGUGAAUGGCCAUUCUAGGAUUCUCCAAGACUUGGCAUCAUUUGUUGAAGAACAGUCAAAAAAUAACCAGUGAAUCAAAAGCACAUCAAAUAUUGAAGGAACAAAGUGUACAGUGACUUUUCCACGAACAAUGUGAAUUUUGAGUGUUUUUUGCAGUGUCAUCUGGAACAUUUUCAUUAUUUAUUUAUUUUUAUACAUUAUGGCAUGAUUUUAUUAUCUUGAUUACUCCAUAAUUCAUGUAAUAUUCUUUAUGCCAUAACUAUGCAUUUCAAGUUGGCAUUAAUCUUAUUUAUUUUGCGAAAUCUACUCCAUAUUUUCCUGAUUCUUUGACAAUUUCGCCUAGUCAACACUUCUGCGAAGUUAGUCAGACAUAAUGUAAAUCAAAAUGUCUAUAUUUUUGUAACAGAAUUAUAUUUCCUAAAAUA